AUGAAGAAGAUCAACAAGUCUAGAUUCUACUUCGAAUGGAAAGGUCAUCAAAUCCAGGAUUUAGUAGCGUUCCGCGAGAUUGCACUUGAGCAGAGGCCGGACAAGCCAUUCGUCUAUCUUGCGGGCGAUUCUUCUCUGGAUAAUAAAUAUUGGGUUCACAAGUCCUUGGACGAGCUGUCCAUUGAGGUCCCAAAAAUCUACGAGUAUGCUCUUGAUAGCCCAUCUCCAAAGCCAGAUAUUGCGUUCUGGAUGAACCAUCUACUGGGCGACCGAGCAACAUGCAUCAAUACUGCGGUAGAGGCUUCUAUGCUUCGAGACCGCGACAACCAACUUCUACCUCACGAUGAGUUCAUUCGGGACCACAUUGGUCCUCAGGACAUCUUGAUCGUCAGCGUGGGCGCCAAUGACAUCGCUCUCAGCCCGUUGCCUGCGACUGCGCGCCACAUGGCCCAACUUGCUUGGUUGACAUGGCGUUCGUCGCUUGAAGACGGCUCUGCAACUUCCUUACAGUACUUCAAACAGCUCUUCGGCACAAACACGCAAGACUACAUCAGCCGCUUAGUUUCACGCACCAAGCCUCGGGCUAUCGUCGUAUGCAUGAUUUACUUUCCCCUUGAAGCCGGGCUAGGUCAGACCAGUUGGGCAGACGCACAACUAAUGGCUCUCGGGUAUGGUUUGUUUCCUGGGCAGCUGCAGACCGCGAUCAAGGCCAUGUAUGAGACGUCGACAAAGGCAAUCGAGAUUGAUGGGACGCAGGUGCUGCCCUGCGCAUUGUCUGAGGUAUUAGAUGGGAAAGAUCCAGGGGAUUAUACGGCGAGGGUGGAGCCCAAUGACCAGGGUGGACGAAAGAUGGCGGAGAGAUUUGUAGGAUUACUAGAAGGCAUUUUUGGCGAUGGAGCGCCGUUGUAG